CAGUGAAGAUUUGCCUUACCAGUGCCUUUCUUAUGAUACUACGUUUGAUAUGGGAGACUUUUAUCUCUCUGUGCUAACUUUUAGGCAAACAGAGUUUGAAGAGACUCCAGUUGUCCCUCUGUUGUUUAUGAUUCAUGAACGUCGGCUUGAAUCUGUGCACGAUUUCUUUUUUAAAUGUUUAGUUGUACUAAUUCCAGAGAUUACAAGAUGCAAACGACUUGUCAUUGUUUCGGACGAAGAGACCGCGAUUGUAAACGCUAUUCGAAACAACCUCCCUGAAGUACCAAGAUUUCGUUGUUGGAUUCACACCCUUGGAAACAUCAAAGAAAAGCUUAGAACUCUUGGAAUUAGUCAGCGACCAGAAAUGAAGGAAUACAAAAAUGACUUCAUCGACCUUCUGAAUCAAGACUCGGAAGCUCAGUAUCGAGCAAAACUUAUUGAACUUUAUAUUUUAAAGUGGAAUAAGGAUUUUUGUAAUUAUUUCAAUAAGAACAUUGAUCCUGACAUGCCAAACAUGGGUUCUUGGGUGUUGCGUCCGUUUGGAAUUUUAUUGCUCACUACGAACCAGUCAGAAUCUUUCAAUUGCACAAUGAAAAGAUUCGGGGGAUGGAAGCGAUCUCCGGUUGAUCUUAUGGCGAUUUCACUAAUGAGACUUGACAAAUUUUUUCAAAUUAAAAUUGCGAGAGGUCGUUAUGGUCUUGGAGAGUAUACCCUGAAAGAGGAUUUUGUUUACAUCUAUCCAAAACAAGGGGUCGUUCUUCCGGCCAUAAUAUCUUUGGAAGAAAUUAUAGCUCGUGUAAACAGUCAGAAGUAGACGCUCCAAAAGAGAAUCGAGACACAGAACACCUCGC